CCUGUAGCUUCCCGCGCUGCGGCUCCCAGAGCCACCAGUUCUACCGCCUGCCCAGACUUAGCUGAGCCAGCACCUGGCCCUCCAUACGGAGCGGCCAUCGACGUGAGCAUCCUGGCGCCGGGCAAGGGUCGGGAGGCUCCUGUUAGCCGGCCGCUGCUCGCACUGCAGCUGCUGCUGCCGCCUCUGCCCACAGGCGCCGAUAACAAGCACGUAGCAAGUCCCAGCUGCCACACAGUGGGCCACGCCCCGUGCCUGCUCAUGGGGCUGCGCCUCUCGCCCUUCGUGUGUCGCCGCGGCCCGAGCCCCAAUACUGGGCCCCCUGCCUGGGAUACCCUCGGCCUGGACGUACCGCCCACCCUGGCUUUCUUCCAGAGAUACCCUCUUCCUUGGCCUGCGGCCCGCGGUGCUGUCCUGCCUCCCUCCGGGGUUCAGGAACUAGGGGAAGCGCGAUGCAGCAGCCUCCGCGCAGGGCUCCCAGCCAAUGCGCUCCGGAGUCUGCGCGCCUGGGAACCCGCGCCUGAACCGGACGCGUGGCUGGGCGCCUGUUCCUGGAUCUUAGCAGAGCAGGCUAGGUAUGUGGGGAGAGGAAGUGUGGCUGGGACGGCAGCUGGAUCGGGGGUCUCGGGAGAUCUGAGCCUGGAGAGCCCGUCCGCGUGCCCACCAAGCACCCUCGGAUCUGUACGCACCCCACUCCACAGGGAGAAAGGGUUUCUUGGAGCACGUUGUACCCUUCCAGCCUGGGGGUGGGUGGAUAGUGGAGGGCGCACAGCCUUCUCCCCACGGUCCUACUCUGUUUUUUUUCUAGAGCUUUUGGAGAGUCUCUGGCUCAGCCGUGAUUCUCUCGACUCGUCUUGAACGCAGCCCCAUAUCCGCGGAGUCCCGCACCUGAUCUUUAGUCGCUCCAGGACAUGCAGUUCAGGCUAGGCUUGGGCACCUGGUCAAUAAAAUUCGCCUGGUUCCUACGCCCCACA